AUGUCUCAACAACAGCAUGCGCCUGGGGGCUACUACAGCGGAAAAAACAAAAUCCCCGACAUCAAGACGUUCGUAGCAAGUCUAGAUAAAGAUAAGAGGGAGAGAGAUGAAAAACUUGAUGCUCUCCGCAAGCUCGAGCAGCAACAGGGCCAACAGGGGCAAAAGGGUACCAGCGAUGCCACUCCGCACAAGGAAACCCACGCCGGCGAACCGGGUACUCUCAAGACAGUCACCGACCCGACAACCCAGAAUCAAGUCCAAAUUGAAGAUGUCAACAAGGAAUUCAUGAAAGCUGCCGAGGACCCCCAGCUAUCAGUCCCAAACGUGAACCUCGGCAAAGAAACCCCUGUCAAGACCGAUGCCCAUCAAAGCAACCCAGAAUACAAACACAACCAAGACAUAACCGCCCCACCUGAUCCUGUGGCUGAGGGAAGUACUUCAGAUGUCCCCAUUCACGGGGAGAAGACGAACAUCUUGUUCCACCCAACACCUUCGGUCAGCUACGAGCCCAUGUUCGCAGCCCUCGAGACCAGAGCUUCAGGGUUGUGCAUUGGAGUCUUCAUUGCUAUCGUGUUGCUUGGGAAAAUGUUUGGCGGAUCGUUGAAGGGGCUGAUCCCCACAGCAAUGUGCAUUGUCUCUGGUAUAUUCCUCUGGAUGAAGGAAGUCGUCCGUAGUGGAAGAGAAGUCGAAUGGGCAAGUGAACAGUCGAGGGGAGAGACUGCGACGGCCAAUCUCCUUCCAGAAUCUGUUGAAUGGAUGAACACAUUGCUGGGAAUUGUCUGGGGUUUGAUCAAUCCAGAUAUGUUCGUUGGAGUGGCCGAUACUUUAGAAGAUGUGAUGGGUGCAUCGGUGCCUGGGAUCAUAGAAAAUGUCCGCGUAGCAGAGAUCAACCAAGGAAAUAAUCCGAUCCGAAUUCUUAGUUUACGCGCUCUGCCAGACACGCACGUCAAAGAGUUGAAGGAGAGCAUCCACGAAGAGAACAAGAAGAACAAGGAUCCACAAGAGGCUGCCGCCGAUGAGGAAGGAGGCGACUAUUAUAACAUUGAAGCAUCAUUUGCAUAUCAUGCCAAGCCGAGCGACCCCAACGAUACAUCUUCUAAAGCACGGAAUAUGCAUAUGCAGCUGGUGUUCUAUCUUGGUAUCAAGGGGCUAUUUGGCGUCCCGCUACCCAUUUUCGUGGAAUUACAGGGAGUGGUGGGUACGAUCAGACUGCGUCUUCAGAUGACACCUGAGCCCCCUUAUUUGAAAAAUCUGACCUUCACCCUGAUGGGCUUGCCGCAAGUCCAAGCUGGAUGUGUGCCGAUGGUAUCGAAGGGGGUCAACAUUCUCAACCUCCCUCUGAUAUCGAACUUUGUCCAUUAUGCUAUUGGAGCUGCGUGCAGCAUGUACGUUGCCCCCAAAUCGAUGUCCAUUGAUCUUGGUGCAAUCCUACAAGGCGACGAAAUCGCCAAGGACGUUCUUGCAUUAGGUGUCAUGUGGAUUCGGAUCCACCGAGCGAUAGGUCUGAGCAAGCAGGACAAGCGUGGGAGCAAGGGUGGAGGCUCGGAUCCAUAUAUCACCUUGACAUUCUCCAAAUAUGGAAAGCCAAUGUACUGUACACGUGUGAUUACUGACGACUUGAACCCGAUAUGGGAAGAGACCGCAGCAUUGCUUGUCGACCCCGAGUACAUCAAAGCUGAUGAGCAACUCAGUGUAGAGUUAUGGGACUCGGACCGCACCAGCGCUGAUGACAUUGUGGGCAAGGUCGAGCUUUCUAUGCAGAAAAUGAUACAGCAUCCUGGUAAAAUGUACCCCCAAGUAUCAAAACUUACAGGGAUGGACGCCGAUAGCGAGAUGCCCGGAGAGUUGCACUGGGAGGUGGGUUACUUCUCGAAACCGAAGUUUAGGCCUGCCCUGCGAACUGACGGCAAAAAUCCCGAUCUUCCUAACUCGCUCAAAAACGACCCAGAGCUACAAGAUGAUAAAGGUACAUUGAACAACGCAGACCAAGAUGCUGUAGCUCACACUCCUCCUGACCCUUUGUGGCCAAGCGGUAUCUGCAGCGUUGUUGUUCAUCAGAUAGUCAACCUCGAGCUUGAGAACAUUCAAGGUAGUAACGGGAAUAGGAAAGGCAGAGAGUAUGAACCGGCAAGGGAUGCUGGCGAGAACACGGAAGAAGUAGGCAAGCAGCUUCCAAGCAGCUACUGCACCAUUCUGUACAAUGAUCAACUAGUAUACCGUACUCGAGCCAAGGUUGUCAGCAGCAAGCCAAUCUUCAAUGCUGGAACCGAGAGAUUCGUGAGGGAUUGGAGGUCUGCGAUCGUUACGGUCACUGUCCGUGACCAGCGCCACCGGCAGCAUGACCCUAUCCUCGGCAUUGUGCCGUUGAAGCUGUCCGAUAUUCUGCAGACUAGCUCUCAGGUGACUCGCUGGUACCCACUCGAUGGUGGCAUUGGUUUUGGACGGGUCAGGAUCUCUCUGCUAUUCAGAGCUAUCGAGACUCGCCUGCCUCCGAACAUGCUGGGAUGGGACGUUGGCACUUUUGAAUUUACUUCCGACAGAAUCCUGGCCCUGAAUUAUCAUAGUAACUCGAAAUUGAAGAUGAGGACAGGUGGCAGCAUUGGUCAAAUUAGCAGAACACAAUGCCAAAAGCUUGCAGAAGGCGACGGCAUGCACUGGGACAUUGCCAAGAAAGACGGUAAAAACAACGUGCGAUUGCCGGUCAAAUUCCGGUAUCGAUCACCUGUUGUCUUUGAAUUACAUGUUACAGGGAAACGAGGCGCGGCCGCAUACGCUGUCAUCUGGUUACAUCACCUUGUGGACAAUACCGAAGUGGACAUUAACAUACCCAUCUGGACCACCAAGAAUGGUGCCCGCUUGACCCAAAACUACAUAACGGAGGAUAACAUUCGCGCCAAAGAAGUCCCUGGCCUGGAAGACACUGAAGAAAUAGGCCGUCUGCAAUUUCGUUGUCAGUUCAAAGCUGGUAUAGAUGAGGACCAUGAGCAAUUUGUUGUCGACAACGAAUCGCGGGAGACGUUCGAAACUUGGGAGGCUUGUCUUGCGGAAGGCGUUCGCGAAAAGCGUGUGACCAAGGAAAUGCCGCCGAAAGUGCGAGAGCUACACGAUCAGUCUUUGACUGAAGGCCGCGAUGUCCUCAAGCAAGCUGACCCGGAAGAGCGAAAGAAGUGGCUUGCGAAAGAUGGCCAGGACUGGAGCGGUGCUUUUACGCAUGAUCCGAAAGCUUACAUGGACUCACAGGGCCGUAAGCGAGCAGAGCCUGGUGUGGAUAAGCCUGUCCAUGAUCCUCACGUUCCAAGCGACGACGAUGACCACAUAGGCGACGAGGGCGAUGACAGCGAUUCGGAGUCUGACAUCGGCGUACAAGAUGCGGAGAACAGGGGGGCAGGGAAAGACAUGAAUGGGAGCGCUGCUGAGGGAACGACACUACAGGACGAUGAGCAGACGAGGGCAGUAGCGAACAAGAAGUCCGAAAAAAGAAAAAAUAGGGGUUUGAUGCAGUGGAAACCUGUCAGGAACCUUGCAUUUGCGAAAGACGAGGCUAAAUUCUCAAUGAAGAAGAUGCAGCAUAAGAUCACCGGAGGGUUGGGUGGAAGAGAACCUGGAGUGGAGACAGAAACUUGA